GUCAUAAUCAACGCUGUAUGGAAAACUUUCGCAUGGAUAAGCAUGUUUUUUAUAAGUUGUGUGAUAUUUUGCAAGCCAAGGGCUUACUGCGUCACACAAAUCGAAUCAAAAUUGAGGAGCAACUGGCCAUAUUUAUGUUCAUAGUUGGUCAUAAUCUGAGGACUCGGGCUGUUCAAGAGCUAUUCCGUUAUUCUGGAGAAACCAUCAGUCGUCACUUCAACAAUGUUUUGAAUGCAAUAAUGUCAAUUUCGCUCGAUUUUUUUAAGCCUCCAGGCUCCGAGGUUCCUUCAGAAAUUGUUGAAGAUCCUAGGUUCUACCCAUAUUUUAAGGAUUGUGUGGGAGCAGUUGAUGGUAUACACAUGCCGGUGAUGGUUGGUGUAGACGAGCAUGGACCUUUCCGCAAUAAGAAUGGUUUACUUUCACAACAUGUUCUGGCAGCUUGCUCGUUUGACCUCAAGUUCCAUUAUGUUUUGGCUGGCUGGGAAGGAUCUGCUUCUGAUUUGCAAGUUUUUAAUUCAGCAAUCACAAGGCGGAAUAGGUUACAGGUCCCUGAAGACGACAAGUAUCCAAACGUGCCAGGCUUUGUUGCUCCUUACUCAGAUAUUCCCUACCACUCUAGGGAGUUUCCCAGCGGUUAUCACCCACAGGAUGAAAGAGAAUUGUUCAAUCUAAGACACUCAUUGUUACGAAAUGCUACUGAUCGGGCUUUUGAGGUAUUAAAGGCACGAUUUCCUAUAUUGAUGGCGGUUCCUCCCUACCCAUUGCAAACGCAAGUAAAGCUGGUAGUGGCAGCAUGCGCGUUACACAAUUAUAUCCGCACGGAGAAACCAGAUGAUUGGCUUUUCAAAAUGUAUGAACAGAAUGUUUCACUUCAAAUGGAAGAAUCGCUGCCUCCAAUAGAGGUUGAACAACCAAAGUCAGAUAUUGAUAUGCAGUCUCUGGAAGACACUUUUGAUGCAGAGCAACUUGAACUUGCUGCGCAGUUAAGGGACUCUAUUGCAGCUGAAAUGUGGAAUAAUUUUAUCCAUUCCAUGUCUCCUAGUUAAUGUCUUUUGCAUCAUUUUGUUAGGCUAGGUUUGAAAUUUACUUAGGGUGCACAGAAGAUGAAAGGAUUUUGAUUUUGAGAGUCAUAUUGACAUUGGCAUCAUUUUGGUCAUACGAUAGGUGUAGUGGGAAAUUACAUUUACUUUAUAGCUUCACCGAUUGCUUUUAGAAGAUGGAUUAUGGUAAUCAAUUCAGGGGCAAAGUAUCAAUUUUUCCGGUGCUUGCUUAUGUAUGAUCACUGGAAGAAUGAAAAAUCUGUGUAUUACUACUAUGUUGAUCAAAAGACAUGGGAUUCAGUUUGGCUGAUUGAGCCCUAAAUCUGAACCGUACAAAUUAAAAUUGGA